AAGCCGACGUAUAAAAAUCACUCAGAAGAAGAAGUCGACUACAAGUGAAGUUUAAAACGGUAAGCUGCCGUUGAGCUUGUAGUUAGAGCAGUGAAGUUCUAGUGAAGUUGCGUGACGUUAUGCUGAGUACUUCACAGAUAGUGGGCCUACUAUAAAGACACACAAGGAAACAUUUAUAGGCCCUAGGCGGCCUAUUCUUAAAUCGUUGGUGUAAAACAACGAGCCUAACUUUUGGAUUUUCCUUUCGUCACACUCCUCACAGCUUGGCAUGGCAGAGGGAGACUUCUACACGCUGGGGAACCGACCGCGGAUUGCUCGGGAUCCGUUCGGGGAGUCCCCGUUUAGGGAGCAGUCCCCGUUCAGAGACCGCUUCAUGGAGGACGACUUCGGCAUGACUCCGUUCCCCGACGACCUGGCCAUGGACUGGCCGGGCUGGGCUCGACCAGGCAGGCUCAGCACCCGUCUCAGCAGCACCUCGCCGUUCAGCACCACUCUCCGCCCCGGGUUCUCCCAGCGCGCCUCCACGGGGGGUCCGACGGUGUACACCACCCGGUACAGUGAGACGUCGCCCCCCACGACCCCCGGUGAAGAGCCUUGGAAGGUCUGCGUCAACGUGCACAGUUUCAGGCCGGAGGAGCUCAGCGUCAAGACUAGAGACGGCUUUGUAGAAGUUUCAGGCAAACACGAGGAGAAGCAGGAGGAGGGAGGCAUCGUGACCAAGAAUUUCACAAAGAAGAUACAGAUUCCCACAGAUGUGGAUCCGGUGACGGUCUUCGCGUCCUUGUCCCCCGAGGGCGUGCUGAUCAUCGAGGCGCGGCAGACCCCCCCCUACUACCUUUUCAGCCAGGAGGGCACUGCUGAGGGGGGCAUCAUGCAGGAAACAGAGGGCCCCGGGCCCCAGGAGCCGGCCAUGCUGUAGCCACAGGGAAAUCUAGAGAGGGGCGGGGCUCAGGUGGGGUCUCACCGCAGAGCAACGUAGUAGAAUACACUUUUACAGAUGGGGUUGAGACUCCUUUGUGUCUGAUAUGUAAUGUCUCUCUGGCCGAGUUGCAGACUAGGAAGGGAGGUGUUGUAGAUCUGUGUAGAGGCACAGAUGUAUAGAGGUGCAGACCCACAUUCAAUGAUGAGUCUGCUGUGCCUUACGGAAUGCAGAGGAUGCAUGUGGUGAAUGAUGGAGUCAAUGCAUGCAUGGAGCUAAUUUUGAGUUCACUUUAAUAUUUGAUGAUUAUUCAUGAUUUUAUAUUAAAGGUGUAAUUUCCCUUGAAGCCAAUAGUACCAUUGGGAAACAUCUAAAAAAAUGUAAGGACAGAGUUGAAGUUAAUUCUGGGGCUUGCGUCUUAGCAACUUUGAAAGGCCUUGAUAUGACUUAUUUAUUUAGUAUGACCUUGAUGUCAUAUAUUUGUACUGUUCCAAAUUUAAAUGAACAUGACCAUGGGUAAACUAGACAAAGAACAAUAUCGCACAACAACCAUGUUGAUAGAUGACAUAUGACAUACGUGUAUGAUGAACAACAUAAGCCCUCCAAAAACGAGAUGUUGUUUUGACAGAACAGGCUGCCGUGAUUCGACUCCUGAAUGUGGAGUGGAAGACCGAUAUUUCUGUGUUCUACCUUAUUGUGAUUUUUGUAUGUAUAAAGAUAUGUAAUUAUAUCUGCUAAACUAAUUCAAACCGUACUUGGAUAAUAAGUGUAUUUGGAUUUGUGUUUUGAUCUCUUAAAUUCUUUGGACAUGUUGUUUUCUAUGAACAGCUUUUUGAUUUUGUUCUACCUUUUAUUUAUAUUUUGCUGACAUUGUAUGGGUUUGUCAAUUAAACAUCAGUCUACCUGUG